UUUCUGGCUUAUGUGCUCUAUUCUUAAGUUGGAAACAUUUACCAGCCACUGAACUUUAUUACUAUCUUCUCUAAUCUCUCUUCUGCUUCUUCUGUACCACAUUUUCCCACCAGUCUUUCAUGCAUUGCGUUGCUCUCUUACUUCAUCACUUUCUACACAAACUCUACUAGUGAAAUAUCUUCUUUAUGCCUGUUGAUUUCACCUUCUGCUUAAUUGACACUUCAGUUUGAGCCUUUGGGGCUCUAUCUGUAAUCUGAAAUGGAUUUUAGCAAGUUUCCAUGGCUGGUUUUGCAUUGUUGGCUUCUUUCACUUCUGUUGUCCAAAGCUCAUGCUGAUGCUUCAGAGGCCUCCGUCAAGUUCUUGAAAGCUCCUAAACCAUUUUCACAUGUCAACUCAGCUACAUUUUUGUUUCUAGUACUGGUGGAUGGAAAUGACACUUGCUCAGACUGCGUCAUCAGUUGCAAGCUGGAUGAUGGCAUUGCUUCACAUUGUGGAACUAGGGAGGUUCUAUACACAGGCUUGCAGGAUGGAAAUCAUACAUUUAUUGUCUGCUGGAAUGGAUCGCUAGGAGUUGGCUGCUCUAGCUAUAACUGGAUUGUUGAUACUGUCCCACCUACAGCAUAUAUAACUGCAUCAUCGUCAUUUACAAGUGAACUAAAUGUCUCUGUAAAUAUUUCUUUUACUGAGCCUUGUAUUGGUGGAGGUUUCAGAUGUUCUUCUGUGAAUGCCUGCAAUCUACUGGUCUAUGGUGCUGGCCAAGUUGUACCAUCUUCACUUGUCACCCUGCAACCAGCCCUCAAAUACAGUCUUAUUGUGAGUUUAUCACCUAUGGUUCAAUAUGGGAGAGUGAUAUUGGUAAUGGGUAAGAAUUUUUGCACUGACAGUGCUGGGAACAAAUUUACAAGGACAGCAAAUUCGAUUUUCUAUGUGCAUUUUGAUAGAAGAAGUGUGUUUGUUAAUUUAAGGUCACGUGUUCCUGAAAAGUUACUUCAGUUGGAUAGUGAAACUAGAACUGUACAGACAACUAAUAAUUAUGACAACUUGAAAGUCUACUUUUACUUCUCGGAACCUGUUCUGAACUCCUCUGCAGAAAUUCUGAACUCUAUGAAUAUAAGUAAAGGCACACUUCUUCCUAUUAGUAGUGCAAACCAUGGAAACCGGAGAUUUGGCUUUAUGGUUGCAAAUGUAUCUAGCAUUGCUAUUAUCACUAUAAGCCUUGACACGAACUCCAUUAUAAGCAUUCCUGGGAUUCCUGUCUCUCCAAUUGAACCAAUUACUUUCCUUUUUGAUUCUCAGAGGCCUGCUGUGAGAUUGAGCACAACAUCUAGUAUGAGGACUAAUCAGCACAGUAUCCCAAUCUCGAUAAAGUUCUUGAAACCUGUAUUUGGCUUUAACUCCUCUUUCAUAUCAAUCUCAGGAGGACAUUUGCAAAGAUUUUAUGAAGUAAGUAGGAGUAUAUACACUGUAGAGAUACAAGCAGCUGAUGAUGGUGUUAUUUCUGUUAAUGUUCCUGAAAAUGUGACUGGAGAUGUUGCUGGCAACAAAAAUCUAGCAUCUAAUGUUCUACAAGUGAGAAAAUAUUCUGUACCUAUUAUUUAUUGUGUAAUUUCUGCAUUUGUAACUGCUACUUUUUGGGCGACAUCUUCUGUUGCGGGAUUGCUCACUGUCUCUACCGCGAGCCUUCUAUCUGCUGGAGCACUGUCAAAAUCAUCUUUUUCAUUGAUCUCUGAUCCUGCAAGGAAUCUCUUUAGAACUGCAUGCCACAUCCAGGUGUUUGCACUGUCUAGAUGGUUGGCAGUUACUUUGCCAGUUGAAUAUUAUGAGUUUGCAAGGGCUUUACAGUGGAGUAUUCCCUACUUUAAUCUCCCAUGGGAAACUGGGAAUGUUCAGCCAGUCACGAUGAGCUCCAGUCACCCUCCUAGUCCCCAUUCCUAUGUUUCCAAAUUUCACCAUUUAGAGAAUUUUGGAAUUGAACAACCUAAAGAAAGGAAUUUCAACAGGGCACCUAUGGUUUAUGGGACCCCGCUUACUCCAAUGGAAUACAUAAUAUUUUUUGAGAGCGAAACUAUGAAACCUGAAGCAGAAUAUAUGGACUCACAACAUUUGAAUGGUUGGAGAGAUUUCUAUAGAAGCAUGUUCUGGUUAGCUGCAAUUGGUGGCAGUUUGAUACUUCUGCAUGCUUUACUCAUUCUAAUUUUAAAGUUUAAAAAGAAAAAGUCUGAAACAAAGAGUGGUUAUGGAGCACUGACAUUCCCACGUUUUGAGAUAUUUCUUGUAAUUCUUGCGCUACCUUCUGUUUGCAAGGCCUCUGCUGCUUUAGUUACAGGUGAAACACCAUCAGGGCUUACAGUAGGUGUUCUGCUAUUAGGGAUAGUGUCUUUUCUUCUGCUGUUUUUGCUCUUUUUCCUCUCAAUUGGAAUUACAUUUGCGAAACUGCUUCUGUACAAGGAAGUUCAUCAAGAAGGACAGAUCUUUCACUGGUAUCAAGAGAUCAUUCGAGUGACUCUUGGUCCUGGUAAAAGAGGUCAAUGGACAUGGAAAAAUGCACCAAACUCUGUUUUUCUGAUAAUUUAUGGUCCUCUCUUCGAAGAUCUGAGAGGUCCACCAAAAUACAUGCUUUCACAGAUCUCUGGGAGCAAUCCCCACAAGCAUGGUGAUCACAUAAUUGACUCUGAUGAUGAAACGGAAGAUGCAGAAGCACCUUUCAUACAGAAGCUGUUUGGGAUACUUAGAAUAUACUACACGCUAUUGGAAUCUGUGAAAAGAGUUUCUCUAGGAAUUUUGGUUGGUGCUAGUUAUAUGGAUGAAUGGUCAUCUAAAUCGCGUACAAUCGUGUUAUUAAGCAUUACCUGUUUUCAGCUCUUUUUCCUUGUUCUGAAGAAACCUUUCAUCAAGAAAAAGGUUCAGUUGGUUGAGAUCAUUUCAGUUGCCUGUGAAGUGGGUAUAUUUACUCUCUGUUUGGUUCUCUUGGAGAAAGAAUUUUCAGUUGAAGAAGACACUAAAAUUGGAAUCUUUAUGAUUAUACUUUUCUUGGUGGGAUACUUUGCGCUGAUGAUGAAUGAAUGGCAAGCUUUAUAUAGACAGACAAAGCAGCUCGAUGGUGCCAAAAGCUCUUUUUUAACAGGUCUGAAAAUAGCUUCAUUUGGAUUUCUCCAGCUUGUCCUCCCUCAGAAACUGAUAAAAAAUUUGGAAAGCAAAUUUCCAUCAACUGAACGUGAGGAAGGCGGAACAGGGGAUGCUGCUUCUUCAGCAGAAAGAUAUAGGAGCUCCGGGACUGGGAGUCAGAGUUCAGGUACAACCGACAAACCGUGGAUGAAACAACUAAGAGAACUGGCAAAAUCCAGCUUCAGUAUACAAGGAAGGGGAGCUCCAAAUGAUCCUUCAACUUCAAGUGGUUAUCCGAAAUGGAGUGAUUUCUGGAGCUUCAAAAAGAGUGGAAGUUCAUCUUUGAAUUCACCUUCAGAGUCCGAGCCAAAACCAAAAGGAUUGGACAAAGACUUGGAAGCCAUUUUUGCAGCCAAGUGAAAUCUUAAAAAACUUGAAGCAACAUAAUUAUGCUGUCAUUGGUGUUUGAAGAGCUGCUGUAUAUUUUGUUAACACAAUUGUUGAGGAUCAAAAUUAUAAGUUAAUUUAUUUAUACAAAUUGAUACAACAAUAUAUGGUUAUUUUAUUAAUUUAUAUAAAUAAAUCAGUAUGAAUAACCUCUACUUUGUGGUAGAACUAAUA